GUAGACUUGCCUCAAGCACACCAUCUCAUCUUUUAGUCAAUUUAGAUCAAAUUGAAAUGGUUAGAUCUAGGAUGAUACAAAUAAAUGAUGCUCAAGGUGAUUUCAUUCAAAAUGUUCAAGCCACUGAUGAACUAAAAACAAAUUUUCGUAAUAUAAUGUUAUAUCCAAAGGAAGCACCACCAUUGCAAUCCGAAUCUACAUUUGCUACUUUAUUACGUACAAAACAAAUACCGGAGAUUGAGCAAUUAGAAGAUGAAAUCAAAAAUGAUAUUGCAAUUGAAGAAGGUUUAGAUAAUUAUGAGAAAGAGGCAAUUGAGAAAUCAGAUGAAAACAAAUUAGCGAAUUUAUUAGAUGAAUGGGUUAAAAAAUAUGAAGAGCAUGGUAAUGUUGCUGCUGUUGCUUCUGAAUAUUAUGAAAAUAAUAUAGGAGAAAUAAUAAAUACUAAAAAAAGAUUGGAGGAUUCGGAUGAAAAAAUUGAAGAAUUUGGUGAUGGGAUAAAUGAUAUAACAUUAGAAAGUGUCUUAGCAUACAUUUCAAGUGGUAUAGAAAAAUGA